CUGCUUGUGUGGCAAGUGAAGUUGGCGUUUCUCCUUCUGUUUCCGCUUGGUCGUUCUUCUUAGAAGCUGUCGCCUUUUCGGAAUAUUUUUGAUCACUCAAAUUGUCACUUAAUCAAGUGCGAGUAUUCUUUUUGCGUGGAUUUUGUAAUAAAAAUCGUCCAAUCGACCAUGAUUCGCGCUGCCUUAGUGGCCAGAUCUCAGCUUGGGAUGUUCCGACCGGUGGCCAUUGUCAGGGAUUGCACCAAGUGGCAUUGCAAGGUACAAGCUAUGGUUCCGUCCCACACUUGCUACAAACCCUUUGGAACAUCGGGAGGAGACAAGCCGAAGAAUACUCCGCCCGGGUAUACCACAACCGAAGUGAAGGGCUUCAGUGAGUCGGUUAGCUCCGAAAUUAAGACCAUAAGCCCCAACGUUUUGGGAAGCGACCGCUCCUUAGGGAAAGAUCAGGAGGGCACCACAACCAAGGGAUUUGCGUCCACGGACGUUGAGGCUCCAAAAGUAUUCGGAACUGUGGUGACAGGGGCCGGAAAGAUAGAUGGAUCGGAGCCCUUAGAAGACACCACACUUCGCAGCAAGUCCGAGUCUCGUGCGUCUGGAUCAGGACCAUCGGAGGACGAUGGGAAAAGCGAUGCCCAAAAGAAGGCUUCCGCCGCCAAGGACGCGGCCGCCAAGCAACUGUCGGAGAUCGUGGCCAACCUGCCCAGCAAGCAGCAGACCGAGAAGUACUUCUUCCGCGUGGUGGCCUUCAUAUACGACCUAACUUAUCUAACUGGCACCUGGCUAUUGCACUUCUUCGAACAAAAUGUCAUUCGAAACCAAACGGUCCAGCACUACUGGAAGCGAUUCCACGAGAAGAUGGAACAGGCCAAAAAGGAUUGAUUUUUUAUUCCAGCGAUGUAUUUGUAAAGUAACAUGCAAGCUAAGGCGAAUACGAAAAGAAAUCAAAUAAACUCGCUGACGAAUCUCAAA